AUGCAUCGCAUUGGUUCCAACCCAGCAAAGCUCCCGAACAACCCAGGACGCCUCAGACUUGCAAAAUCGGUUGGAGUGAUUGACACCCGGCUGACCAGUAUCACGGCAGGUUUUCUUGCCAUGUUUUCUAAUACCUCAUGCCCUCGCGGCCAAACACCAUGCGGUACCUCUGCCCGUCGGCUGUUCAACCAGCACCACGCACGUCCUGACACGGCCAGGUGGAAAGACCUCUUCGCCUCCUCGUCUCUUCUUCGCCAGAAGCCCCUUGAAACGCACAACACCCGCAGUUCCGUCAAGAUGGCCAAGGACGAGACGGAAGAGUUGAUUGAACUGAUAAAAGACAUGUCGGUGGUCGAAUUUCUGCGACACCAGCUACGACCUGCGUCCCGCCAGUCCUCCGCGUCUCCGAGCUGUCCUGCAGUGCAGCCCAAGGCCACAAAAGGAACGCCGAUUCUCGACUUGCCGCUCGAGAUGAUCCUGCGGAUCGCCUGGCAUCUCCGUCCCGCUGACCAAGCAGCCCUAUCCAUGUCGAGCAAGGUCCUACUUCGCUGCCUCGAGGGCCGCCUGCAACCGAUGAACACAAUGCAUCGGAAAACCUUUCUGCAAACUCUGGAAAGAGACCCUGGCGUUGGCAACCACCUCUACUACUGCACCUUUUGCAUCCGUCUUCACAGGUUCGACCCGUAUUGGGGCGUCAUCAACUGGCAGGCCGGCCCACGGCAGGCGAAGCAAUGCCGCUGGUGGACCAAGCCGCGGGCCAUCAACUUGAGGCCACACGGAUGGUAUGUCUUCAUCACAAACUUGUUCCCGUCAGCGGUGCGAAUACACUAUUACCACGGCCGACUCGUGAUGAACCGGCAUCGGCGAGGCGCACCCAGCGGGCUGCCGCUUGAGCGGCUGCAGGUCAAACGACUCACGUGGACGUGCAUGGGGGUUCCGCAGGGCGGCAGCGUUGUGCGUACGGCCGAGAUGGAGCCACAGGUUAUCAGCGACGAGCUCUUCCUGUGCAGCACGACCACAGUGACAGCGGCGAACGGCGGCGGAUGCUCGUUGGACAAGCUGCGCGCGCACGUGGCGGCGCUUGACCUCCAGGUCUGUGGCCAUGAGGCGAUGAUACUCAAGACGCCACGGCACCGCAUCUCACCUACCUGGCUGCUGGACUUGUACGAGCAGUGGCGGCCCGGUGCGGCGGGAAGCAGGGCAAUCGCCGCCUGGUCGCCGUGCCCCUCGAGCAGGACGCCGAUCGUGGUGAGCUCGUGCGGCGCGUGCGCCACAGACACCGAGUCCUGGUACGAGAUGCAGGAGGAUGCCGGACCAGGCGACAGCACGGGGAAGCAGUGGGUGUUUACGCUGAAGUCGUACCACCAGCUGGGACCGUGCCGGAGACCGAUGGACUUCCAGAGGCGCGGCUUCAUGUGGCGUGGCUGGGAAGCAGAGGCGUUCCGACCAAGGGCGUAUCGGGAGCCCGUCCGGGACAUGGUGGCCUUUCCACAUGGUUCCGUGAUGGUGCGGUGGCGGGUGAGGGACACGAGAGCGUUUGACUUUUCUGGUCCCUAA